AUGACAUACUGUCGGGGGGCGGACAGGACGAUGGACGGAGGACGGUUCGCAGGUCGGGGGGCGGACAGGACGAUGGACGGAGGACGGUUCGCAGGUCGGGGGGCGGACAGGACGAUGGACGGAGGACGGUGGCGGCAGGACUCGUCGUCCUCGUCGGAGGACGACGAGGACGUGGCGCCUGACUUGCCUGCUGGGGGCGCCCCUGACGCCGCCGGCCCGAGGACCGAAUGGCGUUUUCGGUGCUCAGUGCUGCCGGCGUCCAGUGCUGCACAAGCGUGCUGUGGUGCUGCUGUGGCCCUCAUCACAGCAUACUACUCGUUCCUGCUGCAGCACGAGCAUGUGCUGCUGUCAGCUGCUGAGGUGCUGUCAGCUGCUGACAGUGCUGACAGCACGAUGUGCUGUGCUGCCCUUGUAGACGACACACACGUACGUCUCACGGGGCUCCUGACGAAGCUGAAGAAGGGCGUGGCUGACUUCAAGAGACAGCAUUUCACUGUCAGCAACCCUGACGUCUGCACCAUACCUCUGCACUGCACCAUCAUCACCAUGGUACGUCUUCACCAUACCUCUGCACUGCACCAUCAUCACCAUGGUACGUGUGCACCAUACCUCUGCACUGCACCAUCAUCACCAUGGUACGUCUGCACCAUACCCCUGCACUGCACCAUACCUCUGCACUGCACCAUACCCCUGCACUGCACCAUCAUCACCAUG